GCCCAAGCCCUAUGUACCCUAGCUCAAGACUGAGCAUCAUUUCUCUACCCCAGGCCCCAGCCGUCAGUCUUCUUUCUCCGACAGAGAACACAGCGGCCUGUUUCCUCCCCGAACAGCCGGCGGCCACAAGCGAACUCCCCUAGCGAGCGCCACCACUGAUCUCCUCCAGCGAUAGGCACCAGCAACAUCGCCUUCCCUUCCAGCGAUAGGCACCAGUGACAUCUCGUGGCUGCAAGUUUGCGUAUCUUCAAUUUCUUGGGUACCCUACCCUAUCUGUUGCCAUUCCUAAGAUCAUCCACAGCUUUAAUACUCCUCAGAAAUUAAGAUCCAGAAUGCGGAGAUCAGUAAUGCGGGUGGCUCAUUCUCUAUUUACGACUCGAGGACUUAGCACACAACCAGAGAAAAUCGUAGCUUCUGUGUUGUUCGAAAGAUUACCAGUUGUUAUCCCCAAAAUUGAUCCUGUUGUUUAUGCAUUUCAGGAAUUCUCAUUUCGGUGGCAGCAGCAAUAUAGACGCAGAUAUCCAGAUGAGUUUUUAGACAAGGCGGACUCGAGGGGAAAGGGUGACUACCAAAUUGACUAUGAACCAGCUCCACGGAUCACUGAAGCUGACAAAAAAAAUGACAAAAAGUCUUUACAGAGGGCACUUGACAGAAGACUUUACCUCCUCCUGUAUGGAAAGGCAUAUGGAUCCAGUGGGGAGCCUGUCUGGCAUUUCCCUGAAAAGGUUUAUGAGGCUGAGGAUACAUUGCGCAAGUGUGCAGAGUCUGCAUUACACUCUGUCUUAGGGGAUCUUUCCCACACAUAUUUUGUUGGAAACGCACCUAUGGGUCACAUGAUCAUACAGCCAACAGAUAAAGCACCAGAUGCUGGUUAUAAGCAAUUCUUCUUCAAGUCCCAGGUGAUAGCUACAAACAAAUUCAGAAUUGGGAAGUGUGAGGAUUUUGUUUGGGUGACUAAGGAUGAAUUACUGGAGUAUUUUCCUCAGCAAGCUGAAUAUCUGAGCAAGAUGAUCAUCAGCUGAAUUGGUAGUUCAAUCUGAUAUUCAAUCACAACGAGUCUUGUUUGUAUGCUCUAUAUGAAUGCUUUGCUGCAAAUUCAAUCAGCAGAAUGAAUUUUGAUAGUCCUGAGGAACAGUUAAACUUGCUGUAGAAUGCCAAUGAGAAUUUGCUAUAUUAUCCUGAAUAGAAGAGGGUUUAAUUUCCAAUAAAUUGAUACGUUAGUAGCGCUAAAAAAAUCGAGAAGCAACAUGACAAAUUUGGGUUUUUCAGUGUCACGUAUGGAUGUAAGUUUCAGAGAAAAAAAUACUGAUGUAAGUUGUGGGCCGGGCCCUCUUAAGCCCCCAACAACAGUUACUACAUGCAUUAUCUCAAUGGCUGUUCUUGACUUUUUGGGCGUGCCCAGCCAUUACUAUGAGCGAUUAUGACUCAUUGUGGACCUGAUGCAUAUUGCUCGAUUUCAUUUAUUUUUAUGUGAAUUUGAAUAUGGUUACUC